AUGACGAGCUUGUUGCAAUUGUUGCAGGGCUACAAUGGUGUGUGCGUGUGCGGGGCAGCGGGGGGCGGGCGCGGCGAGCCGGCGCGCAUGGCGGCGCCAAUGAGGGAGGGCGCGCCGGCCGGCGGAGCUCGCCCCGCGCCCCACGCGCAUCCCGCCAAUUUCGAGUACGAUGACAACGAGUGGGACAUCGGCAUCGGCGACCUUAUCAUAGACCUCGAUGCCGACAUAGAGAAGACGGACGAGGCGGGCGGCAUGGCGGCGCGCGCCGAACCUGACGCGCAGCGCACCGCGCUCAAGAUGAAGAUCAAGCGCACCAAGCCCGGCACCAAGAGCUCCGAGGCCAAGCACGAGAUCGUCAAGUCGAACGAGAUGAACGGAGAGCCGAAGCCGUCGGUGCCCGCGGUGACCGCGCCGCCCGCCGCAGCCAAGCGGGGAUCGGGAGGGCACCGGAGAGACAAAGCGCGGGAUAAGCACCACCAUCCGCACCCGCCUCACGAUGUGAACGGCGUGGCACGAGUGCCACCGCCACCUAAUGCGCCGGGUCCGCCCGCGCCGCAGCCGCCUGUUCCGAUGCCCACCGCAUUGGCAGCACCGCCUGCGCCUCCUAAACCUGAACAGCGACCGGCGACUGCGCCGCGUCUUGACCCUAAACCCCCUGCAUCUGCGGCGCCUGCGCCCACGACUCCCGCGCCUGCGCCUACGCCCUCGCCCACGCCCCCGCUGCACACGCAACAUACGCAGCACACCCCAAGUACACCUACCAAACCGGAGCCUGACGACUCGCGGCAAGAAACGCACUCGUCGCAGCCUCCUGCCAAGAAAGUAAAAGCAGAUCUCAAGAUGAAUGGAACUAGAGAAGAAGUAAGAAAUGAUAUUACCAAUUGCACUACAGAAUCUGACAUCAAAAAUGUUUCAGAUAAUGGCCCUUCAGUAAUAAAUUUAAAGUUAUGUGGUGGAAAUGGAUGA